AUGGAUUUUGUCGCUGGAGCCAUCGGAGGCGUCUGCGGUGUUGCGGUGGGCUACCCUCUGGACACAGUGAAGGUCAGGAUACAGACACAGGCGAAAUACGUGGGCAUCUGGCACUGCGUCCGAGACAUAUACUGUCGAGAGCGGGUGUGGGGCUUCUACAGAGGCCUCUCGCUGCCCGUGUGCACCGUGUCCCUGGUCUCCUCCGUGUCUUUUGGCACCUACCGCCACUGCCUCGCGCACAUCUGCCGCUUCCGGUAUGGCAGUGCCGACGCUAAGCCCGCUAAAGCCGACAUCACGCUCUCGGGAUGCGCCUCCGGCCUCGUCCGCGUGUUCCUGACCUCACCCGCUGAGGUGGCCAAGGUCCGCCUGCAGACACAGACACAGCAGUGGCAUCUCUCGGCCUCGUGGUCCUCAACUGCGCCCCCCAUGUGUCCUGUGCCCCCCAUGCCUGCAUGCUCGGUGCCCGGGCCCAAGUACCAUGGGCCGCUCCACUGCCUGACCACAGUGGCCCGUGAGGAGGGCCUUCGGGGCCUCUACAAGGGCAGCUCGGCCCUGCUCUUACGGGACGUCCACUCCUUCGCCACCUACUUCCUCUCCUACGCCAUCCUUUGCGAGUGGCUCACGCCAGCUGGCCGCAGUCAGCCAGAUGUCUCGGGCGUGCUGGUGGCUGGUGGCUGUGCAGGGGUCCUGGCCUGGGCUGUGGCCACCCCCAUGGACGUGAUCAAGUCACGCCUCCAGGCGGACGGGCAGGGCCAGCAGCGCUACCGGGGCCUCCUGCACUGCGUGGUGACCAGUGUGCGGGAGGAUGGGCUGCGAACCCUCUUCAAGGGGCUGGCCCUCAACUGCUGCCGUGCCUUCCCCGUCAACAUGGUGGUCUUCGUCACCUACGAGGCCGCGCUGAGGCUCGCCCGUGGCCUGCUCACAUAG